GUGAAGUCACAAUGGCUUAACACAUCCCAAACGUGCUCGCAUUGCCCGCUCAUGUAAAUAUCCAAGUGUCCUUAUUAUCUGUCAGAAAACUGUGCCGUGGUUAGUCAAGCUCCAGCAGCAGCAGUGGAGCGGCCCGGAGCCAGUCACACGGACCACAUUACGCACACCUCCUCUCGCAGCAUGUGGAGCGGCCGCUGGAACUUUCUCCUUGGAUGACCUCCACAAUCCUCUGUGAACUGUGCCUGCGGCUUGAGAACUGACGGACACCUGUUGUUAAGAGGACGAGCUGAAAACACCACUGGUUAAGUCUAAGGCGCUGUUUUUGCAGGCUGCGGGGCGAGUUGGGGGCACGUCUUUACGUCGUUUGGCUGCGUGUGUAGUGGCGAGGGGCAGACUGGACAGCGGGGUUUUGACAGCUGAAAAUUGCAUUGAUAACUAUUUAAGCUUUGCGAUAGGAAUUCAUUUUUCUAUAUUGUUGGCGUUCACAUGAUGUACACAAUCACCAGAGGUCCCAGUAAACUUGUUACACAACGAAGGACAGGUCCCACUCAACAGAUCGAGAGCAAGUUCAGCGACUUGAAACUUAAGCCCACGUCUUGGUUGACCUCAAACUCUCCUCCUCCAAAGAUCGUGUUUCAUCGCAUCAAUGGGAAGCGUUACAAUGGAGCCCCACACAGCAGUCCGUCCGAAAGUUUCACACCUGCACAUGAGGAGAAUGUCAAAUUUGUGUUUGAAGCAUGGCAAGAGGUGGAGCAAAAACUUGAAACCAGUGCAGACGUGACAGACAGCAAAGGCCCUGUCCAGUAUGCUGAGAAGACCCCAAGUGCUGCCAUGAAGAACUUCGUGCCCAUUGACCUGGAGGAGUGGUGGGCCCAGCGCUUCUUGGCUAACAUUGCUAAACUAACCUGAGUGCACACGAGCCCUGUGCAGCGACGGUGGUCCCAGGCUAAUGCUACAGCGGAUGGUCUUCAUCACAGACCAGAUGAAUGUAGGAGCCUAAUGUAGUGAACAUACAGAGGAGACGGGGCCAGCAGCACACACUGCCUCUCCACUGAACUGAUCUGAAGUGCUGUGAUGCCUUUCUCACUAACAUGCC